CUGAGACAGUGGCGUAGUGAGUGGCGGUUUGCCAUAGUGUUCACAGUUAUAUUACUUCAGUUAGCCUGCUAUUAAAUAAUGUCCUAUGUCCCUAAACAUUGGAAUACGUGGUGAUAAUGUCCAGCUUGUGAAUUAUUGUGUUUUAACUCGUACGAUUGGUUUGCAAGGCUAGUCGAUUUGGAAUAGAAUCUGUACCAGCCUCCGUACAUAAACUUCCAAAAUGGCGGAUCUGGAAGCAGUAUUGGCCGAUGUGAGCUAUCUAAUGGCAAUGGAGAAGAGUAAAUCGACUCCUGCCGCCAGAGCCAGCAAAAAAAUAGUAUUACCAGAUCCAAGCGUGAGGAGUGUUAUGCACAAGCAUUUAACUAAAAAUCACGAAGUCACAUUUGACAAGAUAUUUAAUCAGAAAAUAGGAUUUCUGCUAUUUAAGGAUUUUUGUAAUACUGUAUUAGAAGAACAAGUUCCUCAGCUCAAAUUCUAUGAAGAGAUUAAAAAAUUUGAAAAGUUAGAAACAGAUGAAGAAAGAAUAAAGACAGGGAAGGAGAUAUAUGAUCAAAACAUAAUGAAGGAAUUACUGUCUCAAUCACAUACCUAUACAAAAGAAGCCGUAAAUCAUGUACAAGAGGCUCUAACACAAGCCCAAAAAACACGAUCAUUAGAUCCUGGUAUUUUUGAGCCAUACAUAGAAGAAAUAUGUAACACAUUAAGAGGCUAUAUAUUUGAACAGUUCCUAGACAGUGAGAAAUAUACCAGGUUUUGUCAAUGGAAAAAUUUAGAAUUAAAUAUUAAUUUAACAAUGAAUGACUUCAGUGUACAUAGAAUAAUUGGUCGAGGUGGGUUUGGUGAAGUAUACGGGUGUCGAAAAGCAGAUACAGGAAAAAUGUAUGCAAUGAAAUGCUUAGAUAAAAAACGUAUUAAAAUGAAAAGUGGUGAAACAUUAGCUCUUAAUGAAAGGAUAAUGUUGUCUCUAGUCAGUACAGGGGAGGGGAGUCCAUUUAUUGUGUGUAUGACAUAUGCAUUUCAAACUCCAGAAAAAUUAUGUUUUAUUCUUGAUCUAAUGAAUGGAGGAGACUUACACUAUCAUCUUUCUCAACAUGGUGUGUUCUCGGAGAACGAAGUUAGAUUUUAUGGUGCAGAAGUUAUGUUAGGAUUAGAACACAUGCACAGUCGCUUUGUUGUUUAUAGAGAUCUCAAGCCUGCCAAUAUUUUAUUAGAUGAGAAUGGACAUGUUAGGAUAUCAGAUCUUGGUUUAGCCUGUGAUUUCUCUAAGAAAAAGCCCCAUGCUAGCGUUGGUACUCAUGGUUAUAUGGCACCAGAAGUCCUACAAAAAGGACAAUGUUAUGAUUCUAGUGCAGACUGGUUUUCAUUUGGUUGUAUGCUUUAUAAACUAUUAAAAGGACACAGUCCUUUUAGGCAGCAUAAAACUAAAGAUAAAUAUGAAAUAGAUAAAAUGACUUUGACUAUGAAUGUAGAAUUGCCAGAUUCAAUGACACCCGAAAUGAAGAGUUUAUUAGAGGGUUUAUUAAAGAGAGAUGUUGAAGAAAGACUUGGGUGUAAGGGUAGAGGGGCACAAGAGGUGAAGGAACAUGCAUUUUUCGUAGGUAUUGAUUGGACACAAGCAUAUCUACAGAAAUAUCCACCUCCUCUCAUACCUCCUAAAGGGGAGGUAAACGCUGCUGAUGCUUUUGAUAUUGGUUCAUUUGAUGAAGAGGACACCAAGGGUAUCAAGUUAACUGAAGCUGACCAAGAAUUGUACAAGAAUUUUCCAUUGCUUGUGUCUGAACGCUGGCAACAAGAAGUAGCAGAAACAGUAUUUGAUGCUAUAAAUAGUGAUACUGAUAAAAUAGAACAAAAACGUAAACAAAAACCAAAAAUAGAUGAUCAAGAUGCAGGGCCAACUGAUUGUAUAGUUGAGGGAGAAGUAAUGAAGUUAGGUGGGCCCUUUCUACAAACAUGGCAGAAGAAACACCUGAAAUUAUAUCCUAAUCGUUUAGAAUUCUACCAUAAGAAUCGUGAUGGACAGAUAGUGAGAAGCAAAGGUGUUGAGUUGAUAUCUAUGCUGGAUAUAAAAGAAGUCUAUAAUGAUUUCCAGAAACUAAAUAAAACAGAAAGUUGUAUAGUACUAGUAUUGAAAACAGAAGCUAAAAUCGCUAUUACCUCACCAGAUAGAGUGCUGAUUACACAGUGGAAAGAUGAAAUUAUUAGCGCUUUUAAAAUAUCUGCUCAAAUAAUGGCUAAUAUGAACAAGAAAGCCAGUAAACUAUAUGGCUCUGAUCUUACUAAUAGUCCAAGUAAUGAAAACUUAAAAUCUCCUUUAGAACACCGAAACAGUAACGGUGGAAGUUAAUAUGUUAGUCUUAGAAUUAUCACGGUUUUUUUCAUUUUAAAAACAUACAUAACAUGGAUAUGGGAUUGACAAUACAAGUAAAUGCUAUAAAGAAUGGAUUAAUUUCUACAUGCAGAACUUCGACAACCCUGUUCCAUGUAAUUCCAUAUUUUUGAUUAAUAACAAAUAAUAUAGUGAACUUCAUAUUUUAAGUAUUGAACGUCCAGUGAUCAUGUUCAAUAAUAAUAAAGACACAAGCAUUCUCAUAAUGUGAUGAACUGGAAAAACAGAUCUAGAGAAUUAUAUGAAUCUAUAUGAAUAUAUAUAAAUGUGUGUACAGUGAUCUAAGUCUGGUGUAGAAUAGAUUAUCCAGAAAAUACAAUCAACACGAACAAUGCAGUGGCAUCUCACUAAUGCUCAAGGGAGAUAACCGUGUGAGUGGUGUGGUAUUGGAAGGAUAAAAAAACUUAUUACAUCAAACUGAUUUCUUAAAACUAUUUAUUUUAGAUCUCUCCAACUUUUUAUGUGUGAGCUCAGUGUACGUACAUGUGAAGGUCGUAUACAUGUGAUGUGUUUUAUUUUACGUUACUUGACAUCAAAUCUGUGUCGCCUGUGCAUGUCAUGUUAAUACCAUGACAACAUAUAAUUUAUUAUUAUUAUGGGAUGCAUUAAACAGUCUUUCAUCUGUUCCUGUGACUUGGUGCAGAGUCUGUGAACAAUGAACAAAAAGAAAAAAAAGGUUAGAAAACAUCAAGAACAUCAAAGACAGCUUCAUGACAACAAAAAUCACUUCUGUGCAAGUAUCUGUCACCAUGACAGCCCAUAAGAACAAAACCAUGACGACAGAAUAAUGUGAUAAAGAUGACUCCAUCACUCCGAUGUAUCCUAGCGACAGAAAAAGGUUGCUAUAGAGAAUGUGCACAUGUAUUAGCUAUGUCACCUAUUCUAUAAUAGCCUGUAUAUGCUAGUAUUGUCAUAUUACUCUGUGUUCGAAAGGUUAAAUAUUUUGUUUCUUAUUUAUUCUCUCUAUAUAGGCUGGCCCUGUAAUACAGUAUGUCUUAUUUUAUGAGUCACAUAUUAAAAUAAUUCACUUCCUGUGGAUGUAUAUGUAUAUAUUAUAUUUUAUGCUAUAUCAGUGAAUACACAUGGUAACACUCCCGUGUUAUGUUUUGAACAAUGGCUAUAAGCAGCUAGUCCGUUUAAUUAAUAGAAUCCUAAGGAAGAGCAAGUGUUGCUUUCUGAACUUCAAAGUAAAAUAUGAUACAAGUAUUUGAAAGCCUACUUUUCAUUUCCACUUGGUAAACAUAUAGAACUAUUCAGUUAAUUUGUAAAUUAAUAUCAAUUAACUCAACUAAAUGCUUUGAGUUAUGUUAAGUCAGUACCCUAUGAUAGAAUUAUGCCAUUUCAGGAGUCUGUUAAGAAAUACUGUCCAUAAUGGUGAUUUUUUUUUUAGAUUUUUAUUGACAAUUUUGAUAUUUUUGGAAGACUUGGUAUCUUUAUACAAAGAAGAAUCUCAAUCUCAUUGUGAAUAGCUUUCAAGUAUACCGUAAUAUUCUUUCUGUCCUCCAAACGUCUAAAUCCUCAUAGACUCUGGCAUGUUGUGUAAAUACACGUUACUAGGAAUUUCUGUAAUUCUUUUGUCAAUGUAAGAAAGUGGGUUAAGAUUUGAUAGAUACAGACAUAAAUACAUAUGUAGAUACAUCUAAAUCCUUAUGUAUCCAGCUGGUUAUUUAUGAACACUGCCGACUGUAAAAAUUUUUUAUUAAAAACAUGCUUCAAUUAAUAUUAACACUGCCUAGACAACUCCUAUAAUCUUACUCAUUUAAUAUCAUACCUAUUAUAUUAUGUUCAAUUUCAUCUGGGAUCUCUAUAUGUUAGUCCCAGAUUUUACACAAGUUUAACAUUUAUGUUUUUGUUCAAUGACAACUGAUUUUGUUGACAGAACUUGUCCUUAUCAACACGUGUAUGUAUUUUUGAAAUAUUGUAUUAGAUAUUAUAUCAGUACCUGUAUAUCCACUCUGUAUAUAUACGUUUUAAUUGUUAUUUCAAAAUUAUCAUUAACUUGAUAUUGGAAUUCAAAUAUAUCUACAUUCUCUAAAAAUGUUUACUCAGAAUGGUUCAAGUAUCUUAUUAUAAUAUGUCUCAAAAUAUUGAAGUUCACAGAUUGUCAAGUUGUAGAGAUGGAUUUUACUUUUACUUCAGUUUGCCCUGUUGUGUUGUCCUUUAUUAAUACAAUCAUACAGUUCUAUUCAUGUUCAAUAGAAAGAGUCCAAAUUCUGAAUACUACAGCUAGACAGUCAAGAUUUGAAGUGAUAAAUUUGAUAGUGAUGUGUAAGUGAGAGAUAAACUGAGGUCAGAAUCUAUAACAUGUAUAAUAUGAAAUAGAUAAACUAGAUAUUUUUUAAAUUUAAUGGAGAUGAUAUACUUGUGCACUAGAGAGAAUAACUGUGGAGAAAUUUGAUUAAGGGGAGAUAACCUACAUAUGGACUAUUAUUAAUGUAGUAUUUUAUCUUGCAAUAUUUUACCCAAAACAGACUGUAAUCAAACACCAACCAACUUACAAUUUAGCCACACCAAUGUUGAUGAAACUUGUCAAGAUUCUUUGAGACAUCUGUAUUUUAUUCAUAAAGAACAUUCUUAAUAGAAUUGUAAUCAACAGUUUGUUACUUUCACUAGUGUUAUAUGAUUUCAUUGAAAUGAGAUACUAUGAACUUACAUACGUCACAAGCUUUGGGUCAUGGUUUUCAGUUUUUGCGCCCCUCGAGUUUUUGUGCCCCCUCGUAAAUGGCAAAAAAAAAAUCAUGCGGUUUUCAAGACUAUAAUCAUAAUGCUCAACCAGUGUCAAACAUAUAACAUGGGUCAGAUAUGCUAGUAAUUGACUCUAACAUGUUCCACACAGCCCAAUAUUACUCAGUGGCACUGGGAGGGCCCCCCCACACACACACACACACACACACACAUACACAUACAAACAUACAAAUAUUGUUUUUGUUGGGCCCGGACGGAAUCUUGUUCCUCAUGCAAAAUCAUGGAUCACCAUGCCCCUGAUACAUGUAGAUAUAUAUUAAAUAACAUAUAUUGUAUAACAAAUAAAUGCACAGUAAGGUCUGUAUGCAUUUGUGUUAUCAAUAUGAAUGGCAUGCUAUGUGAUGUAUCAAACCAUGGACCCUAUUUAAGGUCAGUGGUCAAACUCAAUACAAAAAACAGUUAAUAAUGACUAAUUUGUGUAGAAAUUCUCAUAAAUAAGCUAAAUAUUUUUGUGUGAUAUGAAUUGGCACAAGGUUUAAACUUUUAAGAAGUGGCAUCACUUUUUCAAUGAAUUGGCAGACAUAUUUUUUCACUGUGUGUAGUUUGUACUAUAUUGAUUCAGAGCUUUGAUUGGCUCUUACUAUUGUGUGACUAUGGAUAAUAAACAAACAAGGUGUCUGUGAAUUAUAUUUAUUUUUAUUUAUUGUACGAGAGAGGUAAAAGUCUAUUUUUGAAAUUAAACCAGAGCUUUACGAAAAUAAGAAAUAGAAAGGUUUUGCCAUAUUAGUGAAUUCUUUCACUUCUAGUCAUUAAAACAAAUAAUAUCUUUUGAAUUCAGAAUUUAUAUAUCUUGGCAAAUAGACCACUUCAUUUGUCUAAUACCCGUCCCACAAAGUUCUAAAUUGUUCAUAAUAAUCAAUUGUAAUUUGAAGUAUGACAAUUUGAAGUUUACAUUGAUUGAUAUUUAUUGGUUAUCUAGUUUGUGGAGAAUACUCAAACCAAAUAACUCUUUUUUUCCUCAGAAAUGCUGGGAACUUUACAAUCUGAUUAAAAUACAGAUCUAUAUUUCGUUUCGUUUUUUUUUUAUACUUUUGAUGGCCUACACUGUCUACAUGAAGAUCUGACAAGUUGUACUCAAAGGUCGUGUCAGGGGUCAUACGAGGGGCUUUUGACCCUAUGAUGUCAGACAUUGAUUAAUCAAUCAGCGUUGACGUUUCUAGUGGUUUACCCACAGUUCCGUGCAUGCUUGUUAAGAAGUCGCCGUAACAGACCGUUUCAUUGGCUUAUCCCUCACUUCAACCAAAAUGCUGGUAAUAUAACAACUCUUCCCGAUCCUAGUUUAGUAAAGACCAGUAAAACGAAAUUUUGAACUAUAAAAAACAAAACAAAAUAGGAUCUGUGUUUUAAUCAGAUUGGGAACUUUAGUAAAUAACCCUGCCCACCCCUUAUGAAAUUAAGAAAAUGAAAAGAAUUUGGAGCCAGUACACUUAGAUAAAUAAAAAAUUAAGACUUUGAAUGAUGCAAUAGAACUUGAUCAUCUAGUCAAAAAUAUUAUGUCUAUUUUUCUAGUGUGGACCACACAUGGGUAAAUUAGUUUUAGAAGAUAUUUUUAAAUAUGUGCAAUGUCAAACCGCAGACUGGAUGCUUCCUCCCCCUUCAUACAGAGAUAAUGACUAUGUUUUAGUGUCAACCACAUAUGCAUGCCAGAUUAUAAGGGUAGUUUUAGAAGAUAUUUUUAAAGACUAGAUCUUUCCUUCCCCCUACAUACAGAGAUUGGUAAUUUAGUUGUUUCACAUGAUAAAAAAUUAUUAUUUUUAAAUUUUUGAAUCGUCAGUUUCAAAGAGACAAAAUGGUUGUCAAAAAGUAUGGAUCAUCCAUAUAUUUAUGUAAAUUAAGUGUCAAGUCUCCAUUAAAGUAUGUCUUAAAAAAAAAUCUAAUCCACAAAGAAGUUGUUGAUUUGUUUAUUAGUAUGAAAGUGUGUUUGUUGAUAAUUUUUAAAGGUAUAUAUUUGAAUUUAUUAUUAUUAUUAUAAAGACCUAGGAUGUAUAUGUAUUUUAGUCAAUUCAUGGGACAUAAGAUGAAUCUUUAUUAUUAUUAUUAUAAUUAUUAUUAUUAUUAUUACCUGCAUAAUGUAUGAUAAAAGUGUAUCUUGUGGUGCGGUAGUAAUUAAGCUGAAUGUGCAAUUUAUCCUUUGUUAACCAGGACGGUUAAUAUUUACAUGAAAUAAUAAAAUAAGCUCAAAAGCUUUGUGGGAUAAGAAACAACUUUUGAGAGUUCCCUCAAAUUUUAGAUUAAUUGUAUUGAAUUGUGACAUGUAUCUGGAUUUUAUAGCUAUAAUGUCUAAAUUUUGAGAGAAUUAUGAAUAAAAACAGUAUAUAUUAAUAUUAUUUAUAUACGGUAUAUCCAAUAAAUGUGCUAUUUGAGCAAUUGUUAAUAUUCUUGUUAAUUAUGUAAUUGUACAAAAGCCUUUAGGUUUUUUUUUACUCUUUAAUUAGAAAUAUUACUGUGCUAUGUAUUAAAUAUAAAGAAGAACCAUUUUUUUGUUUCCAUCUCUAUCAAUCUAAGUGUGUAAAUAUCAAACAUUGUCUUUAUUAAACAUGGAAUCUCUUAUUAGUAUUGUCAAGGAUUUCUGAUCCAUGGUUUUCCACAGGGUUAAAAUAAAGGACAAUAUAACAUUCA